UUCAGACCUGUGGCUAGUUCUGCCUCUGGAGGAGAGUGUAGCAGCAGCCUGGCCACAGCCUGCCGUCUGUCUAUCCAUAAGCCCAGGCUGGCUGGCUUCCUGUUUCUCCUCUGUAACCUGCCUGGCCACCUAUCUGUAAGGCUGUCCGUCAUCCUUUCUGUCCAGUUGUCUGGCCUGUGUGGCUGUCUGUCUUGACCCAUCAAUCUUUCCCUUCUGUCCAGUAGCCUGAGAUCACCCUGUGUAGCUUCUUUUCCCUUCAGUUUGUCAGUCAGUUUGUCUGUCUCUGUCUGUCCAUUGCCCUGUGUGUCCAGUUGCCUCCCUCUCUCUCCCUGGACCACUGAGCCAUGGCAUGGGGUCACAGGGCCACGGUCUGCCUGGUCCUGCUGGGUGUAGGUCUGGGUCUGGUUAUCGUUGUGUUGGCUGCGGUCCUUUCUCCUCGUCAAGCCUCUUGUGGUCCCGGAGCCUUCACGCGUGCUGCGGUAGCGGCUGACUCCAAGAUCUGCUCGGAUAUUGGACGAGCCAUCCUCCAGCAGCGGGGCUCACCUGUGGAUGCCGCCAUCGCUGCCCUGGUCUGUACUGGUGUUGUUAACCCUCAGAGCAUGGGCCUGGGCGGAGGGGUUGUCUUCACCAUCUACAAUGCAUCAACAGGCAAGGUAGAGAUCAUCAAUGCUCGGGAGACAGUGCCAGCCAGCUAUGACCAGGGCCUGUUGGACCAGUGUAAAAAUGUCCUGACACUGGGCACAGGGGCCCAGUGGAUCGGGGUUCCUGGGGAGCUCCGCGGCUAUGCUGAGGCCCACCGCCGCCACGGACGCCUGCCUUGGGCUCAGCUUUUCCAGCCCACCAUUGCACUGCUCCGAGAGGGUUUCCGUGUGCCCUUUAUCCUCAGCCAGUUCCUCAACAACAGCAUCCUGCGGCCCCGCUUGAAGGCAUCAACCCUGAGACAGCUCUUCUUCAAUGGGACAGAAACUUUGAGAUCUCAGGACCCAUUCCCAUGGCCUGCACUGGCCAACACCCUGGAGACUGUAGCCACGGAGGGUGCGGAGACCUUAUACACAGGGAGACUGGGCCGCAUGCUGGUGGAAGACAUUGCCAAGCAAGGAAGCCUGCUGACAGUUCAGGACUUGGCUGCCUUCCAGCCUGAAGUGGUGGAACCCCUGGAGAUGCCCCUAGGAAACUAUACCCUGUACUCGCCGCCGCCACCUGCAGGGGGCGCUAUUCUUAGCUUCAUUCUCAACGUGCUGAAAGGGUUCAACUUCUCUGCAGAGACGGUGGCACAGCCUGGAGGGGAAGUGACUGUGUACCAUCACCUUGUAGAGACUCUCAAGUUCGCCGUAGGGCAGAGGUGGCGGCUAUGGGACCCUUCCAGUCACCCAGGGAUACAGAACAUCUCCCGGGACCUCCUCCGGGAGGAUCUAGCCCAGCGCAUCCGCCAGCAGAUCGACGGCCGUGGUGACCACCACCAGCUCAGCCAUUACAACCUGACCGGGGUCAGGGGCAACCGGAUGGGCACCUCUCAUGUGUCUGUGUUGGGAGAAGAUGGCAGUGCUGUGGCAGCCACCAGCACCAUCAACACACCCUUUGGGGCGAUGGUGUACUCCCCACGGACAGGCAUCCUCCUUAACAACGAGCUUCUAGACUUAUGCUGGAGACACAUGCCAACAUCCCCGAUCACCCCUCCACCUGUUCCAGGUGAGCGGCCACCAUCUUCCAUGGUACCUUCCAUCUUGGUCAACAAAGGCCAGGGAUCGAAGCUGGUGAUCGGUGGGGCAGGUGGGGAGCUGAUCAUCUCUGCGGUGGCCCAGACUAUUAUGAACAAGCUGUGGCUUGGCUUUGACCUGACAGAAGCCAUCGCAUCUCCUAUCCUACACGUCAACAGCAAGGGCCAUGUGGAGUAUGAGCCCAAAUUCAACCAGGAGGUACAGAAGGGGCUACAGGACCGAGGCCAGAUUCAGAGCCAGAGCCAGCGGCCAGUUUUCCUGAAUGCGGUCCAGGCUGUGUUUCAGGAAGGGCCCUGCGUCUAUGCAGCGUCUGACCUGAGGAAGGCUGGAAAGGCUUCAGGAUAUUAAGUCAGCUCUGCCCAGAGCUGGAAUCUGGCCCACUGUGAAUGCUGUAACUCACGUGGGUGAUGCUGUAUGCCUAAGUACUCCGGGACCUGGAUCCCUUGCUGUGAGGUCAACCUGGGACUGAAAAGAACAAGGAUCAGCUCAGCAGAUGAAUGACUGGAGAGAGAAGGAUUGACUUGCCCAUGAUCCCAUCCCAACACCUCCUGUGGCCCUGCCUUGGUUCUUCUAGCCUUGCCUUGGCCUCAUGUUCACCCUCUUAAAUGGUGUACCUGCCAGUCCAAGAUUAAAGAGAAGCCACAGGGUGAA